AUGCAGCAGACACUCCAGAAAACUGUCCUCCAGGAACAGGACAACCUGACCUCAGGGGUCGCCAGAGGUUAUAGGGACCAACGCCAGCGUUCUGGGCUUUGGCUCUGGGAAGGUGGCCAAGAAUGUGAGUGCAAAGGUUGGUUCCAGAGAGCCCCAAAAAGAAAACUCAUGGCAGAGCAGGGGCUGCCAAAGAAACAAUGUCCUUGUGAUCGUUUCAAGAGCAAAGUGAAGAAAACCCGACAUCAAAGGUACCACAGGAAGACAAACAAGCACGUCAGAGCCUGCCGGCAAUUUCUAAAAAAAUGUCAGCUAGCAAGUCUUUCUUUGCCUUUAUAA